AUGAGCUCUUCCCAUAACGGCCAGGUCUGCAGCACAUGGGGAAAUUACCACUUCAAGACCUUUGACGGUGAUUUUUUCCAACUCCCCACCUCCUGCAACUUCAUCUUCACCUCCCUAUGCAAGAGCAGCUACGAGGAUUUCAACAUCCAGAUCAGGAGGCAGGAGGAGGACGGCCUCCCCGUCAUCAGCGGGAUCACGAUGAAGCUGGACGGGACUGUUGUGGAGCUCUCCAAGGACUCUGUUACUGUCAAUGGAGAGAUUAUCACCCCGCCGUACAGCCAGUCUGGAGUUCUCAUUGAGAAGACCCCCUCUUAUCUUAAGAUCACUGCCAAGCUGGGACUUGUUGCCAUACUGGAUGGAGAUGAUUCAUUUAUGGUGGAGAUGGACAACAAAUAUAGAAACCAGACCUGUGGGCUCUGUGGUGACUUUAACGGUGUCUAUGGAGAGUUCUAUAAGAACGAUGAGAAAAUCACUCCUAUUGAGUAUGGAGAUGCCUGGAAGAUGGAUGACCCCACAGAAAACUGCAGUGAGCAGAUAUUGAGCCCUGAUAUGAAAUGCACAAAUAUGACACCGGUGUGUGAGCAGCUGUUCUCCAGCCCGGCGUUCAGCAGCUGUAAAGACCUGCUGGCCAUGGAGCCGUUUGUCGAGGCGUGUGUCAUAGAUUUGUGCCACCGCGAUAACCGGAGCAGCGCUUCCUACUUGUGUGACACCAUUUCAGAGUAUUCCCGUCAGUGUGUGCAUGCUGGGGGCAGGCCCCAGCAAUGGAGGACAGUCCAGUUCUGCUCCAAGUCGUGCCCGUUCAACAUGGAAUACCAGGAGUGUGGAGUCCCCUGUGCAGACACCUGUUCUAACCCAGAGCGAAGUUACCUGUGUGAAGAGCACUGCAGCCACGGCUGCUUCUGCCCACCUGGUACUGUUCUUGAUGACAUCAAACAGAAUAGCUGCAUUCCAGUCCAUGAGUGCUCCUGCAUGCACAAUGGAAAGGCAUACUCACUUGGAGAAUCUUACACAAGCAGCUGCAAAGUAUGUACGUGUUCUGGAGGCCAGUGGAGUUGUAAUGAGGAGGACUGUCCAGGAACCUGUUCUGUGGAGGGGGGUUCACAUGUCACCACCUAUGACGGGAAAACCUACACAUUCCACGGUGACUGCACUUAUGUCCUUUCUAAGGAAUGCAACGGAACUCUAUUCACGGUAUUGGGUGACAUCGUUAAGUGCGGACCAACAGACACUGAGACCUGUCUGAAACACGUCACCGUGGCCCUUUCUGAAGACUCCACCGUGAUCAAUAUCCAGGCAAAUGGACAUGUCUAUGUCGAUGGAAAAUAUACUCAGCUGCCUGCAUCCACUGGAGGGGCGAACAUUUUCAAACCAUCAACUUUUUAUAUCAUUAUCAAGACAUUUUUUGGGCUUGAGCUGGAGGUCCAGCUCACACCCAUUAUGCAGGUGUACAUCACUGCAGGCUUUGUCUUCCAGAGGAAAACGUGUGGCCUGUGCGGGAACUUCAACAACAUCCAAGCUGAUGACUUCAGAGCCAUUAGUGGGGUGGUGGAGGGAACAGCAGCCGCUUUUGCCAACACCUGGAAGUCAAGGGCCAGUUGUCCUGAUGUGAAGAGCAGCUACGAGGACCCCUGCAGCCUGAGUGUCAAAAAUGAGAAAUACGCCCAACACUGGUGCUCUGUCCUGGGAGAUUCACAAGGCAUUUUUUCCCCGUGUCAUGCUGAAAUAAGCCCAGACAUCUACCAAGCGAACUGCAUGUACGACAGCUGUAACUGUGAGAGGAGUGAAGACUGCAUGUGUGCGGCCAUCUCCUCAUACGUCCACGCCUGCGCGGCCAAGGGGGUCCAACUGCACGGCUGGAGGACCUCCAGCUGCGGUAAAUACUCCACAAACUGUCCCAGCACGAUGGUGUACAGCUACAACAUCAGGGACAACAACAGCACCUGCCGCUGCUACAGCGAUCCAGACUCGGACUGUUCGUCGACCUUCGACCCCGUGGACGGUUGUUCCUGCGCUGAGGGAACCUUCUUGGAUGAAGACGGCAAAUGUGUUUUGCCUGUAAACUGUCCCUGCUUCUACAAGGGCUUGAUGUUGACCCCCGGAGAGGUGUUGACCAAAGAUGGAGCCAUGUGGCUGACAUGGAUUAAAUUAUUUCCUCUUGCUCCAGCUUGCAAAGCUCCAAUGGUCUUCUUUAAUUGCUCUGAUGUCGGGACUCGGGUGAAGGGGGCAGAGUGCCAGAAGAGCUGCCUGACCAUGGAUAUGACCUGUGUAAGCUCAAGGUGUCUUUCCGGCUGUGUCUGUCCAUCUGGCCUGGUGGCAGAUGGGAAAGGAGGCUGUGUCAAAGAGGAGCUCUGUCCGUGUGUCCACAAUGGAGCUUCAUACAAACCUGGUGAUAGCAUCAAAGUGGAGUGCAACACCUGCACAUGCAAGGAGAGAAAGUGGCAGUGUACGACACUCCAGUGCCAUGGUACUUGCGCGGUCUAUGGAGAUGGGCAUUACACCACGUUUGAUGAGAAGAGGUUCACCUUCACCGGAAGCUGUGAAUACACUCUCACUCAGGACUAUUGCAGCAACAAUGCCAGCAAUAAUGUCAGCAGUGGCACCUUCAGAAUCGUCACAGAGAAUGUGCCCUGUGGAACUACUGGCACCACCUGUUCCAAAGCUAUCAAGCUCUAUCUAGGGACAAAUGAGCUCAUCCUGACAGAAGGAAACUAUCAGGUGAUCCAAAGAGGUAAGGGAGAACAGGUGCCAUAUCGCAUCCAUACCAUGGGGAUUUACCUGGUGAUUGAGGCCAAUAAUGGCCUGAUCCUAAUAUGGGACAAGAAGACCAGCGUAUUUAUCAAAUUAAGCCCUAAGUUCAAGGGGCAUGUCUGUGGUCUCUGUGGAAAUUAUGAUGGCAAUGAAAACAACGACUUCACCACCAGAAGUAAAGCAGUAGCCGUUAAUGUUCUGGAAUUUGGAAAUAGUUGGAAGGAUUCUCCGAGCUGUCCGGAUACUGGCAGUAAAAAGGACCCCUGCAUCACCAAUCCAUAUCGACAGUCUUGGGCCCAAAAGCACUGUAGCAUCAUCACCAGCAAUACGUUCACCGCCUGCCACUCUCAGGUGGAUCCCACUCCAUACUACGCUGCGUGUGUGAGUGACACCUGUGCGUGUGACAGUGGAGGAGACUGUGAGUGCUUCUGCACCGCAGUGGCGGCGUACGCCAAGGCCUGCAACCAGGCUGGAGCCUGCGUGGCCUGGAGAAGCCCACAGAUCUGCCCUCUGUUCUGUGAUUUCUAUAACCCUCCUGGGGAAUGUGAGUGGCACUACAAGCCCUGUGGAGCUCCAUGUAUGAAGACCUGCAGGAACCCCUCAGGGACAUGCAGUAAUCUCAUCCCAGCACUUGAAGGUUGCUAUCCAAACUGUCCUACUAAGGAGCCUUACUUUGACGAGGACACAAUGAAGUGUGUGGAGAGAGAACAGUGCGGCUGCUAUGAUGGGCUGGGAAAUCACUACAGCAAUGGAGAACAAGUUGCUUCCACAGAGAAUUGCCAAACAUGGCACAACCCCCGGAAGAACAAGUCAAAACCCAACAACAACUCCAACCACAGAACCACCCACUUUGUCUUCCUCAACAAAAACCCAGUCGCCCAGCACAAGCACGACAGUUUCCACAACAUCUCAAAUACCUCCUUCGACAUCCCAUGUGGUCACAAGCCCAGCAUAGAGUACAACCAUCCCUGUUCCCACAACCUAUACAACUGUGACAUCAACCAUAGGACCACCCACAUCAACGUAUUCAACAACAGUUUCCACAUCUCAAAUACCUCCUUCAACAUCCCAUGUGGUCAUUCCCACAACCUAUACAACUGUGACAUCAACUACAGAACCACCCACAUCAACGUAUUCAACAACAGUUUCCACAUCUCAAAUACCUCCUUCAACAUCCCAUGUGGUCAUUCCCACAACCUAUACAACUGUGACAUCAACCACAGAACCACCCACAUCAACAAUGGUGAAUCUUGGCCUUAUGAUAACUGCACCAUCGCCACCUGCCACAACGGGCUGGUGACCCUGAAACCAGUGCAGUGUGAGCCUGUGAAAUCAAUUGUGUGUGAAAAUGGCCUUCCUCCAGCUAAGGUCUAUGAUGAGUCUGGAUGUUGCUUCCAAUAUGAGUGUCAAUGUGUUUGCUAUGGUUGGGGGGAUCCUCAUUAUGUCACUUUUGAUGGGGAAUACUAUGGCUUCCAAGGAAAUUGUUCUUAUGUCUUGGUCAAAGAGAUCCUACCGAAAUAUAACUUCAGUGUCAUCAUUGACAACUACUACUGUCACGCCCCCGACGGUCUGUCCUGCCCCCGGUCUCUGACAGUGCAAUACGAAUCCUUCACUAUAUUUAUCACCCAGGUGGAAAUUCACGGAAUCUUUACAAACCAGAUUUAUGUCAACCACAAAAAAAUAAUCCCAACCUUUGAAAGCAAGGACUUCAGGAUCACAAACAACGGAAUUGAGACACUCCUCGUCAUUCCCGCUAUCGACGCGCGUGUGUCCUUCAGAGGCCUGAUGUUUAGUAUCCACCUGCCUUACUCUCUGUUUCAUGGCAAGACAGAGGGCCAAUGUGGAACCUGUAACAACACCCGCAAGGAUGACUGUCGUUUACCAAAUGGGACGAUCGAUUCCUCCUGUCCGCACAUGGCACACUCUUGGAAUGUUCCUGAAAAUAAUCAGACCCACUGUCUGCCACCAGUCCCACCACCACCUCCACCACCUGAGUGCGACCCACCCAUCUGUAAAAUCAUCACAAGCAAGGUAUUCGAGAAGUGCCAUAAAGUGAUCCCCUAUGAGUCAUUCAUCAAAGCUUGCAAAUAUGACAGCUGCGAAAUGCCUGACACCCAUGUUGGUUGCAAGAGUUUGCAAAUGUAUGCAGCUAUGUGUUUGAAUUCAGGAGUGUGUAUCGACUGGAGAAAUUUCACAAAUGGAGAAUGCGGAAGUAAGGAUGUCUGUGUCUUCAAUGACACAGAAUACAAGCCACAGGCCAGUGUCCCCAUGGACCGGUGCAAGCAGUGCCACUGCAGCCCGGAGGUGGAUUCCCAAACCACCCUGCACAUCAUCCAGUGCUCACCAACCGUCUGUGACACUCACUGCCAGCUGCCCAAUGAAAUCUUCAAUGACCCUGUUAAUAAGUGCAUUAAGUAUGAGUGUGUGAAGAUCGGGGAGUUUUACAUAUCCAGUGAGGCCAAGACCAUCUGCCCUGACUACCAUCCAGAAGAUUGCAUCCCGGGAACUGAGGUCAUUGCUCCUGAUGGCUGCUGCCAUGCCUGUGUUUCAAAAUAUAAGUCAUGCACGGUGACAAAGAGCUCUUCCUACGUCCUGAGUGACGGCUGCCAGUCCAUCCAGCCCGUCGAAAUGACAGCCUGCGGGGGGGCCUGUGGGGCCUACUCCAUGUAUUCAACCCGAGCACAGGACCUCCAGCGCCAGUGCUCGUGCUGUCAGGAGACACACACCAAUAUGAAGGAGGUGGAGAUGACCUGCCGCAAUGGGACCAAUUUCAGACACUCCUAUAUUAAUAUAGAGAAAUGCAGCUGCCUGCAGACUGAGUGUCAGGCCAUGCCAGCGCCAGCCGAGUCACGCAAAGGGCCACACUGA